AUGUCCGGUUUUUUCUCUUUAGCCGCCAAUAGCCACCACGACCAAGGCCUGCCGCUAUCGGAGGCCAAUUACUACGUGCUCCUCUCCAAAAACGAGGAGAUCUACACCAAGGGCUUCGAGCUAUUGGGGCCCGCGGGCUUCUCCAUCGGGCCGGGCGACGAUAAUAGCCCUUUCGGAUCGGGCGGAUCAGGGUUUCGGUUUGCUGACGUGUCGGGUAGCGGGGACGGGUCGAGCUGCCGGGACUGCGGGAACCAGGCGAAGAAGGACUGCGCCCAUUUGCGGUGCCGGACCUGCUGCAAGGGCCGAGGCCUCCCCUGCCCCACCCACGUGAGGAGCACGUGGGUCCCCGCCGCCAAGCGCCGCCUGCCCGCCGGAGGCGAAAUCCCUAAGCGGCUGAGGGAUAGUCCUUCCGCUGCCGGCGCUGCGGGGUCUGAGGCGGGGCACUUUCCGGCGGAGCUAAACUCACCGGCGGUUUUCCGAUGCGUGAGGGUAAGUCCGAUGGACGAAGGCGGUGACGAACAGCUGGCUUAUCAGACGGCGGUCAAAAUCGGCGGCCAUGUUUUCAAGGGGAUUCUUUACAAUCAGGGCUCCGAAAAAAAGCUCCCUGGCGGCGGUGGAGGAGGAGGAGGAGAGAGCACCUCCGGCGGCGGAGGAUCACAACAACGGCCGCCAGCUCCGAUUUCCGGCGCCUCCGGAGGUGGUGGUAACGUGGCGCUUGACCCUUCUAUUUACUCGCCUCAGUUAAGCGGCGGGUUCAUGGGGAUACGCAAUAUUUCCUACCACCAACACAUUAACAAGUAG